AUGCCGGACGCUUUCGAAAUAGCUUAUCCGCUGUCCCCUUCCAUAACUCCUCAAGAGAUCAGAGCUAGAUCUAACAGCUUGAAAAGGAAGCCGGUUAUUACCUUUCUGUCUGAUGAGAGUGCUGUAGAAAUACCAGAUAAGACGCAUUCGGGUGUAAAUAAACCGUUACGUGAGAGGAAUGAUGAGCUCGACAGCUUCGCUGAGACCAUCGCGAGUUUGCACAGCACCUGGCUUGAUAAGAGAGACAUACAACAUAGAAUAUUCGUGAACAGAUCGUUGCAUUUAGAAAAUGUCAAGUUCUACGGGUUCGAUAUGGACUAUACACUGGCUGAGUACAAGUCACCUCAAUACGAGAACCUCGGCUUCAACCUGACCAAGGAGAGACUCGUCCACAAAGGUUAUCCCAAAGAGAUACUCGACUUUGAAUACGAUCCAUCUUUUCCUGUGAGAGGUCUGUGGUUCGACACAUUAUACGGUAACCUACUAAAGGUCGACGCAUACGGUAACAUACUAGUUUGCGUCCACGGCUUCGAGUUUCUGAAACAUUCUCAGGUGUACGAGUUGUAUCCGAAUAAGUUCUUAACAUUGGAUGAGUCUCGAGUCUAUGUUUUGAACACCUUGUUCAAUUUACCAGAGACUUAUCUCAUCGCUUGUUUGAUCGACUUCUUCACGAACUCGCCUCAGUAUACCAGAGAGAAGACCGGUGUAAGAUGCGGCGAUUUAGCCAUGUCAUUCAAGUCUAUAUUCCAAGACGUGAGGAACGCGGUAGACUACGUGCAUAUUCACGGAGACUUAAAGAAGAAGACCACAGAGAACUUGGAGCUAUACCUCAAGAAAGACGACCGACUGCCAAUGUUCCUCUCCAGGAUACGGGAGAGUGGAGCCAAGCUGUUCAUACUCACGAACAGCGACUAUAACUUCACGGAUAAGAUCAUGAAUUACUUGUUCGACUUCCCGCACGGCGCUAAGCCUGGAGAUCCUCACAGGAAUUGGAGGACGUACUUCGAUUGGAUAGUCGUGGAUGCUAAGAAGCCGUUGUUCUUCGGCGAAGGUACGACAUUGAGGCAAGUGGAUACGGUCACCGGUGCACUCAAAAUGGGACACCAUGUGGGGCCUUUGCAUGAAGGACUCGUGUAUUCCGGAGGUUCGUGCGAUGUUUUCACCGAGCUAAUAUCAGCGAAGGGUAAAGACGUGUUGUAUAUCGGGGAUCAUAUCUUCGGUGAUAUCCUCAAAUCCAAGAAGAUAGGAGGCUGGCGGACUUUCCUUAUAGUUCCCGAGCUGGUUCAAGAGCUUCACGUCUGGACAGACAAGUGCACGCUGUUCGCACAGCUGCAAAACCUGGACGUCCAGCUGGGCGAUAUGUACAAAGACUUAGACUCGAGCACCAAAGAGAAGCCAGACAUAUCAAAGCUCCGUAUAUCAAUCCGGGAUGUGACGCACAAGAUGGACCUCGCGUACGGGAUGCUGGGCUCGCUGUUCAGAUCCGGAUCAAGGCAGACGUUCUUCUCGUCUCAGGUGGUGAGGUACGCGGACCUGUACGCGGCGUCGUUCCUCAACCUCAUGUACUACCCGUUCUGCUACAUGUUCCGCGCCCCGGCGAUGCUCAUGCCGCACGAGUCCACGGUCGCCCACGAGCAGAGGUUCACCGUGGACACGCCCACCAUCGAUAGAUCGAGACACUCCAGUUCCCAGCGAGCGUUCAGCGCGGCCUGCAUCAGUGAGCUGUCUUCAGAAGAGGCUGAUACCGUCGCCGAUAUUAAUGAAGUGAAGGUGACCAGCUCCGUCCCCCACACUAGGCCGGAGACUCCCCGCCGCCUGACGCACACACACGACGACGACGGCUCCGACGACGACGACCCCAAGAACAAAGUAAUAAUACUGAGAGUAUUUAGAAACACAUACGGGUCAGGAUAUACUGGUUGGUACUAG